GAGCACAUCACCAUGUCCGAGGUGCCCCGGGCCGAGACUUUCGUCUUCCUGGACCUGGAAGCCACUGGGCUCCCCAGUAUAGAUCCCGAAGUGGCCGAGAUAUCUCUGUUCGCGGUGCACCGCUCCUCCCUGGAGAACCCAGACCGAGAUGAGUCUGGUGUCCCCGUGCUGCCCCGGAUCCUGGACAAACUCACGCUGUGCAUGAGCCCAGAGCGUCCUUUUACCGCUAAGGCCAGCGAGAUCACCGGCUUGAGCAGUGACAGCCUGGCCCGGUGCCGGAAGGCCGGCUUUGACAGCUCCGUCGUGCGGACUCUACAGGCCUUCCUGAGCCGCCAGGAGGGCCCCGUCUGCCUCGUGGCCCAUAAUGGCUUCGAUUACGACUUCCCCCUGCUGUGCACAGAGCUGCGGCGCCUGGGCGCCCACCUGCCCCCGGACACCAUCUGCCUGGAUACACUACCUGCGCUUCGGGGCCUGGACCGCGCCCACAGCCAUGGCACCCGGGCCCAGGGCUUUAAGGGUUACAGCCUGGGCAGCCUCUUCCGCCGCUACUUCCACGCCGAGCCGAGUGCCGCCCACUCAGCCGAGGGCGACGUACAUACCCUGCUCAUGGUCUUCCUGCACCGCGCCGCUGAGCUGCUCGGCUGGGCAGACGAGCAGGCCCGGAGCUGGGCCCGCAUCGAGCCCAUGUACGAGCCACCCGAUCGUCCGAGCGUUGAAGCCUGA